UAUCCCGAGCUGCAGCACACUGGAAACACCGACUGACGUAUUUUCUGCAGAGAUUUUUUUUUUAAAAGAAGAUAUAAAUACAUAUGCAGGAGCAGAAAAUGGCAGCCGCAGACAUCCUCUGCUUCACUGUGUGGCUCACCUCAGUCUUCGCCAUGGGACUCGGAUGCCCGGAGCUCUGCACCUGCUUAGAUAGGUACGGACUCCAUUUUGCUGACUGCUCCUACAAAGAAUUCGUGGAAAUCCCGGACAGUUUGGCUCCAAAUGUGACGACUGUGAGUCUCUCUGCGAACAAGAUCACGUUGAUACCGACGGGGAGCUUCGACAAUGUCACCCGGGUGACGUCGCUGUGGAUGGCCCACAACGAGAUCGCCUCCAUCGAAGAAGGGACCCUCGCGCCUUUGGUUCGUCUACGGAACUUUGACAUCAGCCACAACGUAAUCGUCGAUUUCCCUUGGGAGGAACUGCAGAACCUCACCAGCCUGCAGCUGUUGAAGAUGAACCACAACGAGAUGGUCCACCUGCCAAAGGACGCCUUCGCCAACCUCAUAGAACUGAGGUCCCUUCAACUCAACAAUAACAAAUUCAUAACUAUAACUGAAGGGACGUUUGACAGUUUGGUGUCUUUGUCCCACUUGCAGAUUUAUAAAAAUCCGUUUGCGUGCACCUGCUCCCUCGACUGGCUCCGAGACUGGAUUUCAACAACGGAUAUCUCAGUCCCUGAGCGGACUCUAAUCAAGUGUGCAACUCCACAGAAACUGAGAGGGGAAGCGAUCGUGAAAUUGCCAAAGUCAAAGUGCACGAGCGCGAAUGUGAUGAUACGAACCGAGCCAGAUAUUCACAACACGACUUUCCAUGAAGGGAGCGCAUUGGUCUUGACCUGUGAAUUCACAGGAAACCCAAACCCUCUGGUAAUGUGGAGUAUUCGCAGCAAAAGUCAGAAGCAAGACCUGGUUUUGUCCUUCGUUGACGCGUCAGAAUCAAACGAGGACUCCCUACCGUCUUAUAAUCCAAUCAAAGUCUUUAAUAAUGGGACUCUCAUCAUUCCACACCUCAGGAAGGAAGACGGCGGCAACUACAGCUGCUCGGCCACAAAUGAGAUCGGAAGAGCAGAGGAUUUGGUGUCCGUGAAGGUGGUGGCUUCAACGACACCUACACCCACCAAAAUAAAGACCACAACACCCACUUUCACAAAAACACACCCAUCUGUACACCGAACAACACACCGGACAUCUAUUUUGGAUUCCCUUGGACCCACUUUCCCGCCAACUGCGGAGAUCAAGUCUUCCGAGGAGGUGAACGUGUAUCUAUCACAAGCUCGUACAUGUGGCUUGACGGCUAACACCAGAUACAUUUCUAGCCACAUCUUUAACGGGAGUUUGGAUGACAUCAAGCAGUACACAUUUGACUUUGGCGUAAUUGCAUUAGUGGUGUCAGAAACAGAGGCAACAGUCCGGCUGAAUCCUUUCCUCAUACCCAGACACACAGGCGCCAAUCAGGCCGUCGCCAACGACGCCACAUCGGACGAGCGCUCCUACAUUGACAGUGAAGAGCGUGACGGCCUUUCAGAAAAUUCAAAUGGCUUGUAUCUGUGCGUCACCGGCGACCGCAAACACUCUGCGGUGCAGUGGUCGAGGAUCGAAGAGGGGGUCACCACGUACCUGUUCAGCGGUUUGCGCCCCAGCACCAACUACUCCCUGUGUCUGACCUACAGAGGGGAGGACUGCGAGGUCCAGGUGCUGUUCACCACCAGGAGGAGGGUACCGAACCUGCUCAUCAUCGUCUCCGUCAGCAUCUGCCUCCUCACCGUGUCCACUGUGCCUCUCCUCGGCGCUAUGUGCUUCCACCUGGUGUACAAAUACCGCAGCAAGACCUACAAGCUGAUCCUGAAGGCCAAGGGCCAGUACCACAUGGAGAGGAAUCUCACCGCCAACUUUAACAUCCGCGCACCUCACGCCGAGUCCCGGAGGAAGAUUAACGGCAGGCAGCUGGAGGACGGGGAGACGGAGAGCGGGGACGGAGAGAGAGAGGCGGAUACAGAAGAGAGUAUCAUGACUGAGUCCUUUUCUCUGUCUCAGUGCCGGGGGAAUUUAGACAACUGUGAGGUUGGGUCAGAGUAUAGUGAUAGGUUAUCUUUGGGAGCUGAAGCAGUAAAUAUUACAAGCAACUACAAAUAUCCAAAUAAGUAAUUGUUGACAUCAUUUGCUGCUUACUUUCUGCGUGUGGUUUUGAAGUCCUAUGUUUGUCAGUUCUCCGGGAAGCGACUUAUCAAUCACAGGUUAGCCACCUCCUUAAGCCUUUGUUGUCUAUUCUACUCUAAAUGGGACCAUCAUUUACUAAAUUAACAUCAUGCUGUUUUGAAGAAGUCUUGUCACAAUCAGAAACUCAUAUUUGCAAUGUUUUCUGAGUUAAUGAGUCAUUCUCUCAGACUUCUAUACAAUCUGACAUAUUUUUGCAACCAGAGGAAGCGCCCCCUGGUGGUCAUUUGAAAGAAUGCAAAUUGAAGGCUCUUAUCUAUUGGCUUCACUCUCUUCAGACUCAGAGGCCACUUCCAUCUCUUUUGAACAGUCGACGGGUGAAACACAAUUUUAGGUUGAGGUUCUCUUCCGAAGGCAGCCCAGACAUAUUGCUUUGUUAGACCUUUAUCAGACUCAAAAUACACUGACUUUGUUCUCUUGCAGAGCUGCAUUAUUCAGUCACUGGACAGGCUACCGGCAGCUAGGCUGUAUCGAUUGUCAGGGGAUGUUUACCAGAGAAACGUUUCAGAGAAAGCUGCAGGCCUGUCCACGUUAACCUUGUUACACUGGAAGUAUCACAGCUUGUUUCUUUCCUUACAAAAUAGACAAUGGAAUGCAUUCAUCCACUUCCAUAAACAACACUAGAAUGCACAAAUACGACCCGCUUGUGUUCCAGAGAGAGAAGCUACAUCUGUGUGACAGGAUUGUAGCCGUCACCAGUCGGUUUCCCCCCCUAAGCACCAAGGAAUGCGCAACCAGAGGGAUAAUUGGUAACACGUUUUAUUCCAAUGUUAGGACCGCAGACUGUGUCUCUGCUCCCUGCUCUCUCGUCUUCAGUCCGUCCAGCUCCUUUAAAGAGCAAAGCCUCACAGAUACACAAACACAGAUUUUCAUCAGCUGGACCGAUUUACCAAUCGGUCCAGCUGAUGACAAUCAGACACCGUUCCCUGAACCACACCCCCGCUCCACCCACUCUGCAGCCAAGCCUAAACACACCCCGCUGCCACCAUCUGGUUAUCAGAGUAGAAACAGCUGGCACAACAUCAGUACAUUCAAUGUCUGUGCAAGUACGUCAAAUUAAUGUUAAGAUGUCCUUUGGUGAUGCGUUUCAGGCCUUCCUCAGAGCAUGAGUCAUGUUUAAACAAAUAGUUUAAAGAUUAAGGAAACAAAGCUUAUUUGCUUUGAAACAUAGAGUUAGAUGAGAGUAUAAAUGCAACUCCUACGCGUGUCAAGUAAAUAUGCUGCUACAUCCAGUUAGCUUAGUUUAGCACAAAGACUAGGAACAGGGGUAAACAGCUAGCUUGCUAACAGCGUUAUUGGCUUUCUAAAAAGCACAUAGACACUGCAACUUUGCACUUGUUUUUUAUUUUAAUAAUAAGAUAAGAUAAGAUAAUCCUUUAUUAGUCCCACAGUCGGGAAAUUUCAGGAUAGAAGAUUAUAUAAUAUAUAAUAGAAGAUUCAAAGAAUUUUAAAAGUGCACCUGGAUUCAGAUCUGCAACAAAUUACACAUAGGCUAGUGAUAGACAAUCGUGGGAUGCAUGAACCAGAUACAAUAUUAAGAAAUCUCCUGGUUAUGUUAUUUUGGUCCAGCUGUCUGUAGAAUGUCAGUAAACUUUAAAAUAUCCAGACAAAAUAAAUCUAAAAUACAGCUAACGGCGUUACAUUGCUCAUAUGCCCAUGUUGCUACGAAAUGAGUCUCACUAAGAAGCCUCGAGCAAAAAAAUACUUUCACUGGGUGGAAAUUUGGCCUUUAUCUUUGUAUUUAAAGCAGAAAAGGGCAACGACAUAACAGUGGCAGUGCAAGUUAUUGCAAAGCAGGUCUGUCUGCACACUUUCCAGUUCAUCAAGAUUAUUAUUUUUAAUGAGAGGACUCCUAGCGUGAAAACACUUCAAAUCUCUGGUCGGCUCAUAUAAAACAGGACAAACCAGGUUAAUAAAAUGUUAGUUUUAUGGAUGCUAUUGCUCGAAGUUAAAAUCUGGGGGUACUAAUAUGGCAAAUGAUUCAAGUCCAAAACAAGAUGACUGUCACAGCUGAAAGGAAUAACUUGCACUUUAUUGUGAUGUUGUUCCCCUGUUCUGUUUUAAAUACAAAGAUAAUUGCAAAACUACAUAUUUAACUUUGCUCUUGUCUUUCGUGUUGAGGUAAUCCAAAAGUAAUGUCAUCAAGAGACUCAAACAUUGUGAUACUUGGAUUUGGUUGUAUAGUAAUUGUAUUGAAAUACAUAUUUGAAGUAACCCUUCCAAACCUGAAAACAUUAUAAUAAUUAAAUUUAAAAAACAGAUACAAGGGGACUUGAAAAUCAGCAAACAUGAAGGCUUUUUUGUUCAUUUUAGCUAGUAAAGUUGGUCAGUGAGUUAUUGAUCUUAUAGAUGCAACAAAUUAUUUGCUGGCAUGAAUUUAUUGAAAACUGAGAUAAACAAUACAUUUGUUUCUUUAUUGUUUAUUUUUUCAUACAAGAAAGAAAAAAAACAUACAAAAAGUAUCACUGCACACAUAUUGCCUAUGUCUAUUUAUUAAGAGCAUAUUUGUUAAAAUCUUGUUCCUAAUAAGAAGCCAAUGAGUGAAAAGAAGAGCAAACACAACAUGUCCCUGAGUUCUGCUAACCGGCGUACGGAUCAGGACUGCCGAGGUUUUACAACAACAAAAGGACGCGUAAAACCAAAUGUAACAAAGCUUGUGUCAAAUUAUGACAACUAGAUGGGACUCAAACAUACUAUAAUUGUGCCAUUGUAUUAGAAGUGCAGUAGCUUGAAACUACUGAAACGUAAUCCUCUCAAACGAGUUUAAAUGUUUAGAAAUAACUGUGUUGUUUCAAAGAGACAAAACAUAUAAGACUAUACACUACACUAUUUCUCGCCAGUUAAAACUGUUAGCUCAGUAUUAUCCACAGAGUCUAUACUGCAUACUGUGUGUAACAGGACAAGCUCCUCGGAGUUACUGCCUCGGUGUAUCUGGGUCAUGUGUCCGUCCCCAGAGUGCUGUGUUAGAAGACCUGCAUGCUGACUGUAAACGUGUCUCCUGUAAAUACUCUUGACUUAAAAAGUAAAAUAUUUUCUGUUUUAUACCCCUGUAUUAAAGGAAGCGGUAGGUCUUUACCAAAGUGUUUAAAUAUCCUGACUAACUCUCCUUAUCCUGUAUGUGCCUCAAUAAAGUUUUGACAAACUGAUACUGAA